UACACAUUGCAUUACAUCUAAAACAAACGAUAAUAAUCGUUUUAGCCGUGUCAUAUGACUCCUUUAAUUAAAAACCUUUUCAGCUCAACUUAAAACUAUAACUGUAACAAGUUUUCAACACCACAGCAUAAAUACAUUAUAUGAAUGUUAUUUAUUUACGUUUUCACAACCCUUUUUGUCAUUAUUGUGGUUUAUGUGGUAAUUAUUAAUAGUUAGACGCAAAUAAUUAUGCAAAUAAUGUGACUUUUUUAAUGUGAAACGUUUUUGUGUUUGCGUCACGAGUACAGAUACAUGUCUAACCAAUGGCAGUGCUGAGAUCUCAUCGUGAACUGCAGAUGCUCAGCAGCACUCUUAGUGACCAUCUCAACAUGUCUGGUACUCAGGCAGCUGUCCAGUGCUCUACUGGCCGUCCUCAUGGGGAUCCAUACUUUAAAGUUAUAGUUUGAUUGUGUAUGUUACCUCAGACAUGUUCUGGAGCGGGGUGUUAAUGGCACUGGCAUAUCUGACAGUGCACACAGAGCGUUGUUGUGCGCUGGGAUACAACGCGUCCGUGCUGCUGGAGGAGAUGCUCGGGAACCGCACGCGUCUUUACGCGCUGGAUGAGAGCGCGCUGGCGGACUGGCGCUCGCUGCUCUGGAAGAAGCGGCACGGAGAAGAGUCCCAGCACUCCACUGUCAAAGCUCUGCUCAUCUUCUCUUACUCUGUCAUCAUAGUCAUCUCACUGUUUGGAAACAUCCUCGUGUGCCAUGUGGUCAUUAAAAACAAGCGCAUGCAUUCUGCCACGAGUCUCUUCAUAGUCAAUCUGGCUAUUGCGGACAUACUUAUUACGCUUUUAAAUACACCUUUCACUCUGGUGAGGUUUGUAAACAGCACCUGGGUUUUUGGAAGGGGCAUGUGUCACAUCAGUCGGUUCGUGCAGUACUGUUCCCUUCACGUCUCCACACUCACUCUCACUGCAAUCGCUCUGGACAGACGCCAGGUAAUCCUGCAUCCCCUGAAGCCUCGGAUGUGUAUGGGUCAGGGUGCCAUUUGCAUUGUGUUUCUCUGGCUCAUGGCCAGCUGUUUUUCACUGCCUCAUGCCAUUUACCAGAAACUGUUUACUUUUGUGUACAGCAAAGACAUAGUGCGCUCUCUGUGCGUGCCUGAUUUCCCCGACCCGUCCGAGUUAUACUGGCAGUAUCUGGAUUUGGGCACGUUUAUUCUACUUUACGUCCUUCCCCUGCUCGUCAUCACGGCCGCAUACUCCGCCGUCGCUCGCCGCCUCUGGCGCCGCAACACCAUCGGUGACGUCACCAGCGAACAGUACGUCCUUCAGCGCAGGAAGAGGAAGAGGACUAUUAAGAUGCUGAUGUUAGUCGUGGCGAUAUUCGCCGUUUGCUGGUUUCCUUUGAAUUGCUAUGUGGUUCUGCUGUCCAGUCAAGUUAUUCAGUCCAACAACGCCAUCUACUUCAGCUUCCACUGGUUAGCCAUGAGCUCCACCUGCUACAAUCCUUUCAUUUACUGCUGGCUGAACCAGAGCUUCAGAGCCGAACUCACUUACCUGUUGGGCAUGUGCAGAAACGGACAGAGGCGGGGCCAAGGAAGACGGACGCACUGUAGACGUCAGGGGGAGGGGCCUGAGCCAUCGGCCCCACCCAGCGCUGGGUUUCACAGGGCGGCAUGGCCCGAGAGCCACGCUUCCUUGCAGCAGUCCAAUCCCAAAGAGAUUUGCGCUGUUCGCUCGACCUCUCUCGGCCAGUCGGGGAAGACUGACAUUCUCUCGGUCGAGCCGAUUGUUGCUGUGAGCUGAGCUCUCGAAGGUCCUUCGUGGACAUGACACUGAAUGUGAUCUAAACUAAACAGCUAGAGGUUCUCAAACAAACAUUAAGCGAUCAAAAAUAUACUAAUGAGUAACAUUGUGUUAAAAAGUAUGACGUUUGUCAGCACAACUAGCAUUUAGGGCACAAGCUGUUUUCAAGAAAAACAUAAUUUGGGUAGCCUACUUGAUGUAUUUUAGUGAUUUUCAAGUAUUAUUUACAUAAUGAGUCAUUUUAAAAUUAGAUACAUAUAAAAAAAAGCACAUUCCUUCUCACUCUGUAUUUUCUUUCUGAUGGGGAGAGGUUGUUGUUAAAACUCAAAUGGUUGAGUUUAUUACCAUUGUGUCUCUUAAGGCAAAACAGGGGCUGAAUUAUUUUAAAUUGAUCAUAAUAUUUGCUGUACACUAUUUACAUGAUAUUGAUAAUCGUAUACUGUAAAAAAUUCCCAGAGAAAAAAACUGAAAUAUUCCUGCAGCUGGGGUGCCAGUAAAAAAUGUCAAAUAAUAAUAUUCUUCAUGUUUUUCUUGUAAAUGUUAUGUCUUUUUCAGUCAUUUGACAUGUAUUUAAAAAAUACAACAAAAACUGUAAAAUCUGUAAAUUUACAGUGUUUUUACGUUACACGUAGAAAAAUCUGUAAAAAUAACAGUAAAUUUAUCUAAAAUUAACUUUUUUACAGUGUAGUUUUCAAUAUUAUUGUUAUUGUCAAUACCGGCGUAUUGUAUUGACUCCUGUGACUUUCUUGCUUCUAAAUUGUAAACACAAGAAUCAUUGUGAAAAAUGUUCUGAUUUAUCAUCAUUUGCAAAGUGAUUAGUUAUCAAAAUAAUCUGUUAAAUUCUUGUCUUUCUGGCAAAAAUGGAAAUGUUAAUCAAAGCACCUUGACUACUGAACUAGAGCUCAUUGUGAAUGACGCUAUUAUGUCCCUGUUCUCUGACUUGUCUGUGACUCACUCUGUACUGCUUCAUCAUUUAAAUCUAAAACAUGCAGGAGACGUGUGAAGAAAGUAAAUGUCAAAGUGUAGUUUAUAAAGCUUUGGCAUUUCGUUUCUAUAAAAUGUUUUUUUUCCUUAUGAAUAGAAAGGUACAUUAAUGUUCAUUACAUGUGCUGUGAACAUUGAACUUUGAUUCUGCUGUUGGUUUUAUUAUAGAAAACAAUCUCUAAAUGAAUGUUCUAUUGUAUUAUUUGUUUAUUGUAUUAUUGUAUAGAAAAAGAUUGAUGAGGAUUUCUGGUUCCCAGAAUGCUUUGCACGAGGCUGUCAUUUUAUUUUAUUUUUCUGUAAAGAUAAAGACUUAUUAAUGUUUAAAGUUAAUUUAUUUUUGAACAAACUGUUGCCAGUAAAUUACAUAAAUGUAAAUCUACAGUAAAUUACUGGCAAACUGCUGCCAGUAAUACUGUAAUUUCUACAGAUUUUUUUACACUACACAUAGCAUGUAUAUUUUCAUGGUGAACAGAUUUGCCAAUAAAUUCAAAAAUGUUUAUUUCCUUUAUAUUUCCCUUAAACAUAUUAAAAUAUAUGAAUUAUACUUUCCUAAUGCAUCACUCUUCAAAAUGUUUGAUGUGGUCUUUAAAUAGUGUUU